AUGUCUGGAAACAGUGACAAAUUCCAGGUUAUUAUUGCAGGAGCUGGGAUCGCCGGGCUUGCAACCGCUAUAUCUCUUAAGCGAAUAUCCUCAAUCCCCGACCUUGAUAUUCAACUAUACGAGCAAGCUCACCAACUUUUGGAAAUUGGCGCGAGCAUCGCGCUUAGUCCGAAUGGCAUGCGAACGCUGGAAAAGCUUGGCGUAGACAAUGCUCUCUCGGACGAAGUCGGUUUCAGGGGACCAAGUGGAAUCCCACAGAUCUUACGUCACUGGAAAACAAACCAAGUCGUCUCGGUCGACACGCACACGGAUGUACCUGAUUCCCGUCACCACACUACGCGUUUUCACCGAGGCCAUUUACAUGCCGCGCUCUUGGAACACGUCCCUAAAGAGUGUGUUCACUUGGGUAAGAAAAUUACUCGUGCUAAUGUCAGCGAUGAUGGUGUUUCUUUACACUUCGAGGACGGAACCUGUGCAUACGGUCAUAUUUUGAUUGGGGCAGAUGGCAUUAGAUCGAAAGUUAGACAAUCAUUUAUUCCCAACUACAGAUUGCUUUUCAGCGGAAAGAUCUCCAUGAGGUCAACAUUUGAUGCGUCACUGGUGGCAAAGAUUCCGAACCUACCUGAAGACUCGUCGCACUGGUGGGGACCUCAAGAUAAUUUCUUUGCAUCUCGACUGGGUAAGGGUCAAUACACUAUCGUCGGGGCCUAUAGUGAUCCACGCCCCUCUGAGGAGCUUGACAGAAGCAUCAGCUGGGACCAAAAGGGAGAUGUCAGAUUUCUGAGGGAGAAAUACAAAGACUGGAACCCACUUGUUCAAGCCCUAACGGAGGCCACCCCUCAUACAAAUUUAUAUCCUAACUUUGUUGGAGCUUCACUAGAAAACUGGGUUUUCGGCUCCCGAGUCACUCUAGUCGGAGAUGCUGCCCAUGCUCACGGUGGUGCCUUCGCUGCGGGAGGCUCUUUAGCGCUAGAUGACGCAUUUGCACUUGGCCUUGCCUUCAAGCACGUGGUCAAAUCAUCCGAUGGAAAACUACCGCUAUUACUUGAUGAUAUUGAAAAAGCAUUGGAAUUUUACACUAAUACGAGGAAGCCACAUACAGACAGAUUGUUACAUGUUGUACACCAUCAAAUUGGUACCAAAACACCUGUGUCUGGAACGUUAGAGGAAGAUGCGAAACUUGUUUCACGGAUGAAGAACAGACCUGAUACUGUGUGGUUAUCUGAGCAUGAUGUCGAGGCUGCAAUGGGAGCUACUAUUGCACAAGCAGAAGUCCACGAGCUCAAGGCCUUGGGAGGAGAACAGGACAUUCAAGGGAAACAUGAGUCUACAGUCCACAGUACCCGAGGUAAACUUUGA